AUGGGUCGGCCCAUCUUCUGGGAGAGAUUUGGGGUUCCCGGCCCUCGUGACAUGGCCCUUCCCCCCUUCCCACUGCACCUGUCGUCCCGCAGCGGGGCUCGGGGCAGUCACUGCUCGUCCCCCUCAGAGCUGCGCCACGCAGGGAUUAACGGAGCCCCGGAGACCUGCCCCGCCAACCUUUUGUGUCUCCGUUCUGCCCCUCCUCCCCUUUGGCGAGGGACUAAGGCGGCCCAGAGGUCCUUGCUGGCCCCCUCGUGGGGGGGGGGAGCUGACGGCCUUGCCCCCCUCCAGGAAUGUAUUCUCUCCGGCAUCAUGUCUGUGAAUGGGAAGAAGGUGUUGCACAUGGAUCGGAACCCGUACUAUGGCGGGGAAAGCUCCUCCAUCACCCCCCUGGAAGAGUUGUUCAAACGCUUUGAGCUCCCCGAGGGGCCUCCGGAAAGCCUGGGCAGGGGCCGAGACUGGAACGUUGACCUGAUCCCCAAAUUCCUCAUGGCCAAUGGUCAGCUGGUGAAGAUGUUGCUGUACACGGAAGUGACCCGAUACCUCGACUUUAAAGUGGUGGAAGGCAGUUUUGUCUACAAGGGGGGCAAGAUCUACAAGGUGCCGUCUACGGAGACUGAGGCCUUGGCCUCCAACCUGAUGGGCAUGUUUGAGAAACGCCGAUUUAGGAAGUUCUUGGUCUUCGUGGCAAACUUUGAUGAGAACGACCCCAAGAGCUUUGAGGGCGUCGACCCUCAGACCACCACCAUGAGAGACGUGUAUAAGAAGUUUGACUUGGGCCAAGAUGUCAUCGACUUCACUGGCCAUGCUCUGGCCCUCUACCGAACCGAUGACUACUUGGACCAGCCCUGCCUUGAGACCAUCAACCGCAUCAAACUCUACAGCGAGUCCUUGGCCCGUUAUGGGAAGAGCCCAUACCUGUACCCUCUCUAUGGCCUGGGGGAGCUCCCCCAGGGAUUUGCAAGAUUGAGUGCCAUCUAUGGUGGGACAUACAUGCUGAACAAGCCUGUGGAUGACAUCAUCAUGGAGAACGGAAAGGUGGUAGGAGUGAAGUCCGAGGGGGAGGUGGCCUGUUGCAAGCAACUGAUCUGUGACCCCAGCUACAUCCCCGACCGGGUUCGAAAGGCUGGCCAGGUCAUCCGAGUCAUCUGCAUCCUCAGCCACCCCAUCAAGAACACAAAUGAUGCCAACUCCUGCCAAAUCAUCAUUCCCCAAAAUCAGGUCAACAGGAAAUCAGACAUCUACGUGUGCAUGAUCUCCUACGCCCAUAACGUGGCCGCCCAAGGAAAGUACAUCGCCAUCGUCAGCACCACCGUGGAGACGGCAGAGCCUGAGAAGGAGAUCGAGCCGGCGCUGGAGCUGCUGGAACCCAUUGACCAGAAGUUUGUGGCCAUCAGUGACUUGUAUGAGCCAACAGACAACGGACUGGAAAGCCAGGUGUUCUGUUCCUGUUCCUACGAUGCCACCACCCACUUUGAGACGACCUGCAAUGACAUCAAAGAUAUUUACAAGCGCAUGGCUGGGACAGACUUUGACUUUGAAAACAUGAAGCGGAAACAGAAUGACGUCUUUGGAGAGGAUGAGCAGUGAUGGCAGGAAGUAAUCCCUCCCCUU